GUGAGAAUUUGCCUCAUUAAGGGCCCGGGGCAAAGGCUGAGUGGGGGGGCGAGGGGGAGUGACUCACAGCCAGGAGCUGCGGAGAAAUCCGGGAGCCAUGAUCGAGGUGGUGUGUAACGACCGGCUGGGCAAGAAGGUCCGUGUGAAGUGCAACACGGAUGACACGAUAGGAGACCUGAAGAAACUGAUUGCGGCGCAGACGGGCACCCGCUGGAACAAGAUCGUCCUGAAGAAGUGGUACACGAUCUUCAAGGACCACGUUUCCCUGGGUGACUAUGAGAUCCACGAUGGAAUGAACUUGGAGCUUUAUUAUCAGUAGGAGCAGCGGGCCUGCUAAUUCUGCCAACUCCCCUCCCCCAUUUUUAAAAUCUCACUAAUAAAAGUAAUUUAAAUGUU